AUGGCACAGGGAAGUCAGGGUCACCAGUUUGGAAGCCAGGGUAUACUGGCAGCAAAGAGAGAAUGGGUUGAAACGGACCCGAGAACGAAGGAUAAGAAAAGGAUUCUAGGAAAGCAAAUUGCUUCAGGAAAGCCUUUCAUCAAAACCGCAAAGAGCAAAGAGUGGGAGGCCAGGGAGGCGAGACGUGGCUCAAAGAGCGGACACACCAAUGUCCGCUUUUUCGAGGUCGCUAUUCCAUGUAAUCGGCACCAGCGAACGAAACGUGUUAGCUGGAGAAAACUGGAAACAUGGCGGAAAUUGGCUGGUGAGAGGACUGAACGGGGUGUUGUCCCGUCUGCUCAAAGGGAGUAUCUCUUCCUCCAUCUUAUUCCAAAGACAUACAUUUCUGAGGUGAAUUGGAGGAUGGCUUGA